AUGGUUGCCUCCACAUUACUCGACCGGCUACAGAAGGUCUGUAAUGUCGAUGUCGACGAUGCGAGUGUCGAGCUGAUCAAAAGCCUCCCUUUCAAACCAUACAAUCAGACUUCGAACCAGCAUAUCAUUACUGAAGAGCUGCUCAAACCCAGUAACCGAACGCUGCUCACAGAGUUGGCUGCCAAGUAUGGAAAGCAAGGUUGGGAAACGGCCGUCGAAUUCUGUGCCCGCAUCCUACCUUUCAUCACGGGGCGUGUCCUCGUGCAGAUUUCACCUCGGGUCAUCAACGACUCCGCCGCCAUCAUAAGGCAGUGUGAACGUUUUGCCGAGUACUUUCAUGAGAAAGACGUCCCAUUAAGCCGCUUCGCGAUAAAACUCCCUUUUUCUGGCUCUGCGGCCGCUGCAGCCGCAGAGCUCAAUUCACGAGGCAUCCGCACGCUUGCGACGGCAGUAUUUUCUCUUGAGCAGGCAAUCGCGGCAAGCCAGUCAAAUUGCUUGUUCAUAAGUCCAUACUUCAAUGAAAUUGCAGCUCAUUUUGACAACUCACUUCAGCCAGAAACUACGGAUGUUGCGCUAGAGCACCCUAUGUCUGCCACGAUUCUUCAGAUUCUCGAAACAUUUGCCAGAGUUUAUGAGACUACAGGUAAAGAACAGCCCGUCAUGGUGAUCGCGAGCCAUCUCAACACUGCGGAGGUCCUAGCUAUGGCGGAGCUCGGCUGUCAGCACGUCACCGUGUCCGCGCCAAAUCUGAGAAAGCUCCAGGAAACGCCUGACGUCUUGCCGCCGAUUGAGAAAGUCAAUCGUGUACAUCCAUAUGCGGCCUUCGAUGUUCCGCAACGUCUGCGAGCACUGAUUUCAAAGGACCCUCUAGGGGGAACAAGAUCGGACGGCUCGCUUGCUUCUAUGAAAACGGAUUACUUGGCAAGUGGAGGGCAAAAGUUGGACAGUUUCAUUCAGACGGAUAGGGCGGUUAGAAAGAAGUUUGAGGACGCAAGACGAUUUUUCCUGGAUGCUGAAGCCAGGGCGGAAGAAGUUAUUGAAAAUGAGAUAGCAAUGGCUUCGGGUUGA